AUGCGGGAGAGACAGAGGAAGAAGAAGGGUCGCACAUGGGCAGAAGCGGCCAAAACGGUUUUGGAGAAGUACCCAAACACUCCCAUGAGCCAUAAAGAAAUCCUGCAGGUGAUCCAGAGAGAACGACUGAAAGAAAUAAGUGGCACGUCGCCGCUGGCCUGUCUGAACGCCAUGCUUCAUACCAACUCUCGGGGAGACGAGGGCAUUUUCUACAAGGUCCCGGGUCGGAUGGGCGUCUACACUCUGAAGAAGGACAGUUCAGGCUCAGUGAAGGAUCUGUCUGACGAGGAUUCAGAGGAGAGCAGCAGCGACUCUAUGAGCGACUCCCAGAGCACCGAGAACUCCAUCAGUCCAGAGCAGAGCCGCGGCCGCUGGAUGAGGAGAGUUCCCUCUAAGCUGCAGCCUCAGCCGUCGUCGCCUCAGCCACGCUGCUCCUCUCCCUCGCUGCCCACGGCCAAACUGCUCUCUCCGUCGCAGAAGCACAGCAAGAAGGCUCUCAAACAGGCCUUGAAGCAGCAGAGGAACCAGCACAGACAGGGAGCCAUGGGAUCCACACAGAGUCCCAGGCUUCUGCUCAAAACCAUCAAGGACAUUACAAUGGCUGACAACAUCGCUUCAAAGGCCGCUGACCUGCGUGCGCGGAAGGUGUCUCAGAGGCGUUUGAGCGCAGGUCAAAUAAAACGCACAAAGUGUAACAUCGACGUGGAGACUCCAGACUCCAUCCUGGUGAACACAAACCUGCGAGCGCUCAUCAACAAACACACCUUCAGCGUCCUGCCCCCAGACUGUCAGCAGAGACUCUUGAAGCUUCUGCCGGAGGUUGACCGACAGGGCUGCAUGGACGGACUGUUGAAGGUCACCAGUUCUGCCCUAAACAAUGAGUUCUUCACUUCAGCCGCACAGUCGUGGAAAGAGAGACUGGCCGAAGGCGAGUUCACACCGGAACUGCAGCUGAGAAUGCGGCAAGAGAUCGAGAAAGAAAAGAAGAUGGAGGGCUGGAAAGAGUCCUUCUUUGAGAACUACUACGGAGAGAAUUCUGGACUCAGCUGUGAGGAAUCCAAGGAGCUGACGAAGGCCGAUCAGAAUCUGAAAACCUCCAAACCACCACCCCCACCACCUCCUCCUGCUGCUGCUGCUGCUGCCACGGCUAAAGCUCCACAAACUAAACCAGGAGAAUCCAAAGACAAUGAAGACAAAAAGAAAAGCCUGUCCGCUUCCAACACCUCUACGAAACCUCCAUCCAAACCACCGCAAGAGCUCCCGAAACGGUUUGUCUUUGAACCAAUGAGGACGAGGCGGGCGCAGCAAGCCGAAGACCGAAAAGCUAUGGCCGCAUUGCUAAACAAAGCAACCACUGAAGACCUGAAGGCGCUGAAGGAGGUAGAAAAGGUAACUCAGAGCGAGGAGAAGAAGGCAGAACCGCCACCGCUCUCUCCGGUCAGUGAAGCUUCUAAAGAACCAGCAAAGGCAACUCAAGAACUUAAUAAAGAUCCGAAAGCUCCAGCGACUGGCAAAGAAGCAACAGAAGUUAGCAAAGACGUGAGAAAUAAGGCGAACGUUCAAUCGUCGCUCAAACCUACACGAGUUAGCCAAGACCUAAAGGAGGAACUCAAAGUGCAAUUAUCUGUCAAAGAUCUUACCGAAGUUAGCCACAAAAUGAGAAAGCAGUCGAAUAUACCCCAGUCUAUAAAACAGUCUUCAGAAGUUAGCCCAGAACUGAAGUCUACAAAAGGUCAAUUGUCUAUCAAAGAAACUAAAGACAUCAGCAAAGUACUUGAGAGCGACCCAAAAGUUCAAUUGUCUAUCUUGGAGCUUUCUGAAGAGAGAGAAGAACAUAAAAAGGAUUCAAAAGUUGUCCUAACUCACAAAGAACCUGCAGAAAUUAGCCAAGAGGUUCAGGAAGCUGCAGAAGCGCCGACGAUAUCACAGGAGGUCAAAAAGGACGAACCAUUGGUGGUAGAGAAAGCCGUUUUGCAGGAGAAUGAGGAGGUAUUUGCAGGGAGCACAGAGGGUUCGAAGAGGAAAUCUGAGAGUGAAACUGAGAGCGAGGCGACUCCGGAGAAGAGGCCACGCAUCUGGUCUUUCUCAUCGAUGUCCUCUGUGUCUUCUGUGUCUCCUCCUCCCACCUCCUCGCUGUCCAGCCCAGCCACGCCCUCACCGUCUGGUCAGAGGGUACCACCGUUGAAGAUCCACAUGUCCCGUAUUGUCCCUGUCCCAGUGUCGCCGGGACUUCCCUCUCCACACACACCUCUCUCCACGCCCCUCAGCAGCCCAAGUCGACCUGGAGCCAGAACGUUAGCCGACAUCAAGGCUAAAGCACAGCUCGCCCGGGCCCAAAGAGCUGCCGCAAAAGCAGGGAACGUUCCAGGAAACCAACUAUCUCCCAGCCCCAGCCCCAGUCCCACCCCGCCACUUACCCCCGUGAAGAUUUCUCCUCCUCUGCGUCUAUUCAAAACCAAAACAUCGCCCAGUCCCAUGUCUGUAAAAGCAGAGCAAAAGUCCGGUUUGUGUUCGCAAAAUACGUCAGGAAAUUUGAAAGAUUCCCUUCACGGAGCAGGUAGAAACGCUUCUUGCAUCCCCGCCAACAACCCACUGGUCACCAAACUUCUCCAAGGCCAUGAGGUCCCGAUGGAGCAAAUCCUUCCCAAACCGUUGUCCAAAUUUGAAGCUAAAAUCACAGUCAAGGGGAAAGCUGCGCAAUCGCUUGACAGUGAAAAAGCUAUGAUGGGAAAGGAGUUGAAACAUAAAGAGCUCCCGGAUAAGGAGACGCAAGAGCAGAUUUUGCAAGCGUUGAUGCAGCGGCAAAGUCAAAACCCGCAGUUUGGAGACGUGGUGUCGCCAGCGUUCAAAGCCAUGCAGACGGAGCAUGUGGAGAGGAAGCUAACAAAGAUCGGAGUCGGGUUUUUGGGCUGCAAACGGAAGCAGAAACCAGCGAUGACCGGACAUUACCUCCUGAACAUUUCAACGUACGGAAGGGGUUCGGAGCGACACAAGCAGCAGCAGUCAAUCUCGAAGCUAAAAAGGGAAACGGGAGACGUAGAGGAUGUAGCCAGAACUGUUCCGUUGGUAAAAACAGAAGGCGAAUCGGACGACGUACAACACUGCGUGAGGAUCAAAAGCGAACCGUCUGAGCACAGCGACCGGAACAACAACAACAGCAGAGGAAUAGCCAAAGACUCAACCAGCUCGCAACGAAAGCACCUCAGUUUCAGCAGCAUCCCAGGAAGCACGGAGCCAUAUUUAAGCCACCAGCAGAAUUUCCACAAUGACAAUCAACAGGUCGGCGCGGCCUACAGCGGGUCCAUUAGCAUGACUUUGAAAAACAACGACAACGACAACAACAACAACUCCACUCUGGAUUCGUCGAGUAACUCCAGCUAUUCGGAGGCUGACGGCUCCCAACACGGCAGCGUCAUGUCGUUCUCCGUCACGGUUACCACCAUCCCUGCCGGUAGGUCCUUGGACAGCGGACAGGGGGAGCCCUCUCCAGAACAGUCCUAUGUGGAGGGGCCCAGCAUGGAGGAGGUGCAGUCCAAGUGCUACUGUCGCCUUAAGGCCAUGAUCAUGUGUAAAGGAUGUGGAGCCUUUUGCCACAACGACUGCAUCGGGCCGUCCAAGCUCUCGGUCCUGCCUGAAGCGGAGGAGAAAUGCCCCCAGAAGCGAUGCGUUUUUUUCGGUGACGACUCGACGCUGCUCCCUCAUCACCACCAGCUGAAAGCGCAAGGAUUGUUCAAAGUUUUAGAGUCUGCUCCUGACGGCCGCAUCAGCAGAAUGAUUGAAGAAGGAAGUAAACGAGGGAAGACUCUGGUGGAGAAGAGACAGCUCUUUAUGGAGAUGAGAGCCCAGAACUUUGACGUGAUCCGCUUGUCCACCUACAGAACGGCCUGCAAACUGCGCUUUGUGCAGAAGAGAUGCAACCUUCACCUGGUGGACGUGUGGAACAUGAUCGAGGCGUUUCGAGAUAACGGGCUGAACGCUCUGGAGCACAGCGCUGAGAUCAACGUGUCGCGUCUGGAGACGAUCCUCUCCUCCAUCUACUUCCAGCUCAACAAGCGUCUGCCGACCACCCACCAGAUCAGCGUGGAGCACAGCAUCGGACUCCUGCUCAACUUCAUGGUGGCUACGUACGACAGUGAGAGCCACGGGAAGCUCACAGUGUUCUCCAUGAAGUGUAUGUUGGCCACGAUGUGCGGAGGGAAGAUCGUCGACAAGUUACGAUACGUCUUCUCCCAGAUCUCAGACUCCAGUGGGAUCAUGGUGUUUGCAAAGUUUGACCAGUUUCUGCGCGAGGUGUUGAAACUUCCCACCGCUGUGUUCGAAGGACCAUCGUUUGGAUACACGGAGCACGCUGUCCGGACCUGCUUCCCCCAACAGAAGAUCGUCCUGAACACGUUCCUGGACGUCUUGAUGGCUGACCCGCCGCCUCAGUGUCUGGUGUGGCUGCCGCUAAUGCACCGCCUCGCCAACGUUGAGAACGUGUUCCACCCGGUAGAGUGCUCGUUCUGCCGCAGUGAGUCCAUGAUGGGAUUCAGGUACCGCUGUCAGCAGUGUCACGGGUACCAGCUGUGUCAGGGCUGCUUCUGGAGAGGACACGCUAAUGGUCCUCACUCCAACCAGCACCAGAUGAAGGAGCACUCCUCAUGGAAAUCUCCGGCCAAAAAACUGAGCCACGCCAUCAGUAAGUCUCUGGGCUGCGUCCCGAUGGGAGAGCCGCCUCACCCCGUGUUCCCGGAGCACACGGAGCGACCCCAGGAGCUCGCCCACACCGUUGUCCUGGAGAGUCCGAGUCGAUUGGACGAGGAGCACCGGCUGAUUGCCCGAUACGCCGCCAGGUUAGCGGCCGAAGCAGGCAACUCCACACAGCAGUGUCCUCCCUCUGACCUCGGCUUCAACUUUGAUGCAAACAAACAGCAGAGACAGUUGAUCGCGGAGCUGGAGAACAAGAACAGGGAGAUCCUGCAGGAGAUCCAGAGGUUGCGCCUGGAGCAUGAACAGGCCUCACAACCGACCCCAGAGAAGGCCCAGCAGAACCCCACGCUGCUCACAGAACUGCGGCUGCUCAGACACAGGAAGGAUGAGUUGGAGCGGCGUAUGUCAGCGCUGCAGGAGAGCAGACGGGAGCUCAUGGUGCAGCUGGAGGGACUGAUGCGGCUGCUCAAGGACGAGGAGCAGAAACAAACAUCUCAGUGUGGCGGCUCCCCUCACUCCUCUCCGGGACACGGGGCUGGGUGUUCGAUGCCGAUGCCGAUCCGCUCCACCUCAGCUGGAUCCACCCCCACACACACUCCCCAGGACUGCCUCAGCGGGGUGGGGGGGGACGUGCUGGAGGCCUUCGCUCAGGGUGUACCUAGAAAUCUUCGAAACGAUCUGUUAGUUGCUGCAGACUCGAUCACAAACACGAUGUCGUCGCUGGUCAAAGAGCUGCACUCGGUGGACGAUGGAGCGGACGACGACGAGAGCAGCCUGAGAAACGGAGACAGAGUGCGAGUCCCGAAGCACUGA